UAUAUAUACGUGUAUUGUAACAUACUUCUCGAGAAAGCUAGCAUACACAAUAUGAAGGAAAUAUUGAAGCUAGUCACAGUUGUCUGUGCCAUGAAGGUAAUAACGUCAGUGAAAACCACUGCCAAGCUACCUCAGUUUCCUCAGUAUGGGAAGAGUCUGAUCUUGGCCGGGGGAGCGGUCGAGGACAACAACGCGGACAUCUUUGGUCGAGUUGUGGCGAUGGCUGGUGGUAAGGGCAUAGCCAAGCUUGGCAUCAUCAACGCUGCCUCCGCCGACCCUGCUGACUCCUACAACUACUACCACGACCUCUUCACCAAGACGUACGGGGCUCUUGAAACAAACUUCAUCCCCGUCACCAUCAACUAG